AUGCCGCCCACGGCUCGACAGCGCAGAAAAGAACACACUCCGUCCGGUGAAGGCCACAGCCACACCGGCAUCAAACCCAGAGCCAAGGUACCAACACCACCACUGGCCGACGCAGCAGCCACCAUGGACAUUUCACCCCUCGUCGCCGCCUGGCGCAGACAACCCAUGUGGAUGCUCCUCGCCGUGACGAGCGGCGCCUGCGCGGCGUUCAACGGCGUCUUUGCAAAAUUAACCACAACCUCGCUGACCUCGUCGCUCUCGGCCUCCGUCGCCACGCUUCUGGGCCUCCCUCCCGCCAACACGACGAUCGAUGUUCUCGUCCGCGGCACGUUUUUUGGGCUUAAUCUCCUGUUCAACGCGCUCAUGUGGGCGCUCUUCACGGCGGCGUUGACGCGCGCCGAAUCCACCACCCGCGUCAGCAUCAUCAAUGUGUCUGCGAAUUUUGUGAUUACGGCGUCCUUGGGCUGGAUGGUGUUCGGGGAGCAGUUGCGCGGGAUGUGGUGGGCGGGCGCGGCCAUGUUGGCGGCCGGGAAUGUGGUCAUCGGGCGGAGGGAGGAGGAGGGGAAGAACAAGUCCGCUGCGGAGGGGACAGCGGGCCAUUGGGAGGCCCAGGCCGAGGCCGAGGGCUUGAUGCGUGGCGAGGAAGGAGAUAGGCCGGAUUUGGUGGAGUUGGAUGAUGAUGUUGGGCGACAACAACACAGAGACGAGCAGAGGAGACUGAGAGCUGGCCAGGAGGUGGAUGCACCGAUUUGA